GUGUAGUUUAUACUAUAGACAAGUUAGGAACGACAAAUAAAUUUACGAAAAAGCGCCACCUGAUAUCGUUUCUGUAUCAUACAAAAUGGCGGAAGAACAAAAUCCAGCAGCAACUGUUACAGAAGAAGUUGCAACUGAUAAUCAAACUUCAGAUAGUAUGGCUGCAAAUGCAGUUGUAACAGAUAAUGUUCAGAAAGUUUCGGCAGAAAAGGAAGUGGCCGUUGAAAAUCAACCAAAAAAACCAAAACUUGAUCUCCAGGCUUUACCAACUAGACAAUAUCUUGAUCAAACAGUUGUUCCUAUACUGUUGCAGGCUCUUUCUACAUUAGCCAAAGAAAGGCCACCAAAUCCAAUUGAAUACCUUGCAAAUUACCUGUUGAAGAACAAGACACAAUUUGAACAAGGCUCUCAAGCAGUUAAUGGGCAAAAUUCAAGUCAGUGAAACAUUCCCUUUUGGAUAUUUUGGUCAUUCUUUAAUUAUCGAUUCAACAUAUUUAUUUUUAUUUUUUUUUAUUUACGACCACUUUUUUAUACAUUGGUUUAAUACUGUUUAAGUAGAGAUCUUUUUAAAACAAAUCAAGAUCAAGAAAACGGUGUAUCGGACAUCCAUAUCAUUUUGUAACUCGUGAAGUGAAUGCAUUUUCUCUUUGAAGUUUAUAUACACAGUUAAAUUAGUAGAUAUAAUCAAUAAUGAAUAGAGAAGUUAAUUUAGAUAAUUGUAUAAAUAGUAAUAUGGCAUGAGUACGUGGUUGUUCUUAAAGGAAAUAAUUUAUAAAUCACUGCCGUAAUGUUUAUAUUAAGAAAUCAGU